AACUCUUCGUCUGUCAAUGGCAGGCAGCUCGGAUAUCGCAAUGAUUCUAAGCCGACACACGGCCAUCACCUACCGCCAUUUUUUUUAACGCAAUGAUUUUGAUGAUAAUUGCACGACGCGCCAUGAAACACUUUUUCUUAACCAUUUACUUUAACGCUCCCUCUUCUCCGCCAUUCGACUUUUACUUCUAUUCAACGCCAGAAGCCAUUAAAAAGGAAGAUAUUUAAAACUCAAGAAACCCUUUACAGGGACAUUGGUGGCUGUGUUAUUUGAUCUUUCAUACACUUCAACAUUCGACGCUCAGAGUCGAGAAAGGAAAAACAGAACCGAGAAAGCACCCCUCAAAAAAAAAAAAAAAAAAAAAAAAAAAAAAAAAAAAAAAAAAAAAAAAAAAGAAAAGAAAAGAAAAUCUUACUGGCGUUUACAGUAUCGCUGUCUUUUAAAAAAAUAUUUAUUCAUAUUCUGGAAUGAGACGGAUUAGAUGGUUUGCAAGUACUCCUCAAGGAGUCGGUUAUUUUUGUUUCUCACUUGAUUACCCUUUCUCCCCUGUACAGCUUUCUCCACUUGAAAGCGAACGGGAUUUUUAUUUUGUUUGUUUUUUUAUUUAUUUAUAUACUGGCAAACUCAAACAAAUAUGUGACAUGACUGGGGAGGGAGGAAGCCUUUUUUUAGCUCAUACAUGUUUUUAUACAUGCAUCAACGCAUUUUAUACGAAAUAGACAAGCAUUUUUAUAUCAAUCAAGAGAACAAAACUUGGAGAAAUUGAGUACUUAUUUUUCAUGUCUCUCGUGCCGUCUCAACGCCGACACAUGCGCCAAGGGGUGUCUAUUUUUUCGUUGCUGCAAAACACCGCCCAUAUUCAUCCCGUAUCAAUAAACGCCGUAU